AUGUCUUCGCGAAAUCAUAAUAGUGCCAUCCCUAUGCCGCAUCCAGGGUCCGGUACCUUCGGCCUCCAUCUCGCGGGUCCGCCAUAUCACGAUGACAUCCGAGAAUUGCUGAGCAAGUACCCGACUCUACGUUAUGCUGAUGACAAACGGUAUGAAGUAUACCCGUUCCAACAACCUUUGGCAGGCCAGUCGCGCGUGGCAUGCGUCGAAUUUCGCUCAGCCUCAACCAUUGCGCACCGCAUAUUCCCCAGCGAACAAGCACUCGAUGCAUUCCUCGCUCAACCUCCCCCAGCCGGCACACGCAGAUUCUUCCUGCUCGAAGAGCUCCAACCCAGCUACGUGACCGUGUUAGGUCACCGACUACGCAUACCACCAACCGUCAUUUCGCAGCACCGACGCAAGGCAUUAUGGGAGUACGACCACGAUGCGGGCAACACACCCGCGCUACCGAGUCUCCGUGACCCGUCCACCCAGUUCUGCUUCCAGUACUGGGAACUUCUCUGGUUUCUGCGCGAUCAGAUCCGCGAUUUUUACCUCCGGUGUGCGCCCAAUGAGCGGCACAUCGCGGUAUCAAGAAUCGACAGCAGGUUUGACAAUGUGGGCAUUGUGCAGAGAAAGGUAUCGUUUUGGGCCAAAGUCACGAAAGGCGAUGGGUGGGAUGCGAUCCUCAUCGUCGACGGACCCGUGAAAGAAGCCCUCGUCGGUUCAGGUCAAACGUUCCGCCGUGCCGAAAUGCCCAACGAGGCUUUCCAAGGCGGCUACGCCGACUUUAUCAACUACACAUCAUUAGAAGAGGCGAAAUCCACGCCGGGACCCCCGCGAACAUCCCUCUUCGACGACCUACUGUACUACUAUUCCCAUCACUCCGAUUGUCUGACCAUCACCGCUUCCCCAGCAAGCAGUACGCUGUUCGUGCGGAAGAUCGUAGCCUCGCACUUCAUGAUGCUAGGCGAGUACUACCGGGGCGUCUUGAGUCAUUUGGAGUGGCUGUUGUCGCGGCGCGAGACGUUUGCAAAUCUAACGCUCGACUGGGUAGAGGAGAGAUGCAGUGAUCUGCAUUCGUUCAAUCGGCGGUGCGACGAGUAUGAGAGCGACAUUGCCGCGGUGCUUGAGCAAAUGGGCAUCGAGCAGCCCGAGUCUGAACAGACAGCAGAGCGCCACCGACAAGGUCAAUGCUACUGUGGCGGUGUCUGUUCGAGCUCAUGCGACGGACCUGUCAAUACGGCGAGAGACUGGACGUCCUCGCGCCCUGAUUUCGUCCAUCUCAGCACACGCUUCGCGAAGCUCAAGCGCAGAUCUGCCUCGCUUCUAACCUCGUUCACGAACCUCGCGAGCAUCGUCGGCAACAGGCAAUCCCUGUCCGAAGCCCGCAGCGUCCGCGCCCUAACUUACCUCGGACUAACAUUCGUGCCCCUCAGCUUCGUCACCAGCCUCUUCAGCAUGAACGACGCGUAUUUACCUGGCUCUUCCUCGUCAGGGGGGGCACAGGGUACGGGUGGUGGGGGCAAGAGAUUCUGGAUCGCUGCCGUCGUCGCGGCGGGGUUAGUCUUAUGUGUAUUCUGGCUGAGCUUCAUAACGACGAAGCCCAAGCAACAUGCCAAAGUGCCUGGCCAUCACCGAAGAUGGUGGAGAAGGCGGGCAUGGUCCAUUGCAUCCAGUUCGCAAGGCUCGAUUGGAGGAAGGAAAGCGAGCAAGGCCGGACAGCGAAGAUCAGCGACGCGUGCUGGCACUGGCAGAAGAGGACGACGGACUCUUUUAUUCCAGCGUGGAAAGGAAAGACAUCCGCAAUCUAAUAGGAUCGUGGAUGAAGAGAAAGCUGAGCCGAUCCACGAUGACGGAGCUUGA